AGAGAGCGCUUGAGAUCUUCAGGCAGGGCAGUCAGACCGAAUUAUACUACUUUCCUCCUAUUUCGCGAUCGGUUCAGCACUUGUGCUAGAAUUUAUUUUAUUAAAGUCGAGAGGGGGAUGUUUUCCUUUUGUUUAAAUAUUUUGUUUACGUGGAAUAUUCGAUUGGUUUUGAAUUCGGACGGUUUUACCAUCAGUCGGACAGGGUCAUUUACAGCGCCAGGGACUGGAGAAGAGAGACAGGGAGUACGCACUAUUUGUGCUGAGAACCUAGAUCUCGAAAUACCAAGGAUAUUAUUGCUGAAUGAUUUAAUUAUCAAUAACUUGUGAAUACUUUGAAUUCAGUUUAGAAAAAUAGCAUCAACAACCUAUGUCGCUUUUACUUUAUCCGUAUUCAUGUUCACUUCCCCCGGAAUAGGUGCACUGUGCCUUUCUGAAAGCUAGUAUUAAAAUUAACCUGUCAUUCAACGCAAAAGAACAAGUUGGAUAACAUUUAUAGGCAAAACAUUUAUUGCAUUUUUAUUUAUUUUAUUUAUUAUUCGCGCGUGCACCGUUCACGUCCUGAAUUUAUUAAUCUUAACACACUAACAGUAUCACCGAGGGAUUAUAGCCUGUUUGCCCGAGGAUGCGACUCAGCUGAGGUCGGGAUCUUUCGGUGAAAAGCUCCGAGGAAGGGCCAGACCGGACUAGAUCCUACACUACCUUUAAGACUGAGUCCGGAGCAGAAAAUGAGGGCGCCUGGUGGGGUGAUCUUCUGGCUUCUUUCGGUGUUGUGUUCGCUCUCCAGAUCUUGGAUGGCCAGUCUGAGCAGUCUUGGAGGUAGGCAUUUGAACAAUAUGCUGGGGCCGAAGAAUUACAACGGAGUGGCGAACUUCAGCACCUUUCUGUUAGACCGUUCGUCAGGGGUUCUCUUCCUGGGUGCAAAAGAUGCCAUAUUGGCUGUGGACACCAACAACCUUGCACAGAAAUCAGCCCCGAUUGUGUGGGAUGUUCCUGAUGACAAGAAGAAGUCAUGUAUGGCCAAGGGGAAAACAGAGGGUGACUGUAGAAACUACAUUCGCCUCUUGGAGUUCAUCGGAGAUGGGCAGAUCUAUGCUUGUGGAACCUAUGCGUUUGACCCACAGUGUGCCUUCCUGAACAUGUCUUCACUCUCUCUGGAGCGAGGAGAGGAUGGAGGCGUGAGGAUGGAAACUGGCAAAGGCAAAUGUCCCUUUGAACCCACCCAGCAUUACACAGCUGUCAUGGCAGGAGGUAUCUUGUACACGGCUGCCACCAGUAACUUCCUGGGAACGCUUUUCGAUAUUUCCCGGGCAACUGGACAGGAGCAGGAACGUAUCCGCACUGAAAGAUCCAUCAACUGGCUCAGUGACCCAGAGUUUGUGUCCUCAGCGUUCAUCCAACAGGAUGAGGACAACAACCCAACAGGAGACGACGACAAAAUAUAUUUCUUCUUCACAGAGGUCGCCAAGGAGUACGACCUCUACACUAAGGUCAAAGUUCCUAGGGUCGCACGCGUCUGCAAGUCCGAUGUUGGUGGUAUGAAGACACUGCAGAGGCGCUGGACCACCUUCCUGAAGGCUCAGCUGGUGUGCGAGGACAGAGCUAGUGGGCAACGCUACAACAUACUGACAGAUGUCUUCACAGCACAGCACACACCUGGCGAUCCAAGUUCAACACACUUCUAUGGGCUCUUCACUUCUCAAUGGGAACAUGAGGAAUUGUCAGCUGUGUGUGUAUACAGUCUGUCCGACAUCAGUAGAGUAAUGGAUGGACCAUUCAAGGAACUCAGGAAGACCUGCGAGAACUGGAUCAACCCAGAACCAGUGCCAACACCUAGACCCGGACAGUGUCUGAACAGUGCUCUGAGGGCUGAGGGCUUCGAGUCUUCUCUCAAGCUACCAGACAAGGUGUUGACAUUUAUGAGAGACCACCCUCUGAUGGAGAACAGCGUUAUCGCAGCCCCCCUACUGGUGAGGAGAGGAAUCACAUACACUAAAGUAGCUGUUACCAGGACGGCCAUGGGGUUGGAAGCCGAUCAGAACAAUGCAGCUACUGUGUUGCAUCUUGGCACAGACCGCGGAGAGCUCCAUAGAGUGGCAGUGGUAGGACAAAACACUACCCUACUGCAGGAGAUGCCUCUGUUUCCCACACAGGAACCUGUCAACAACAUACUGCUACACAAGGGCCAGGCUUUGGUGGGUUCUCCCCUGUACCUGGCCCGUGUGGGGGCUGAGGGGUGCAGCCUGUACUCCUCCUGUGAGGUGUGUGCCUUGGCGAGACCUCUGGGGUGUGUGUGGAGGGCCAAAGAGGAAUCCUGCAGCCCUGGCAAGACAGGUGUAAUUCAGGGAGAGGAGGUACAGAAUGCUCUGAGAUUGUGUGAUAGUGGAUUAGGUCAUUGCUCCCCUGCCCAGAAGGAGCUACGUGUCUCACUGGGUCUUCGUGUCCUGCUUUCCUGUGUCCAAGUGUCACCACUCCCCUGUACCUGGGAACACCCACCACACAGACGCACGCGUCAGCACCAUUCCGAUCUGGAGGUCACUGUCACAGAGGAGAGCCUAGGGAUAUACACUUGUCAUUGUCAGGAGGGUGUUCAAGCAGGUAAGGAGAGUCAUCCCUGUAUUAGAGCCUCCUACCAACUAACCCUGGAGAGUCCCAGUGUUGGGAGUGCUGUGGCAUUAUCCGGAGGGCGCCAUGUACUGGCUGUCUACAUUCUCUGCUUCAGCAUUGGCGUUGCCUUUGGAGGCUUCCUCCUCUACUUCCUGUCCAAGCGCUGUAGAAUUGGGCAGCGCCAUCCUGAUCAUUCCCUGUCCUCUGAGAAGGGCCGGGAUUUGCUGGGCUCAUCGGCGACACCCCAGUCUCCAAGCAGUGCUAGUUUGUUGUCCGAGGGUUUCCCGCUGACAGAGAAGAGGACAGGGAAUGGGACACUGCUCCUUACCCACCACCACAACAACAGCAAUGGUCACCAUGGCAACUACGGGGUUGGCGUCGCCUACGACAGUAACCGUGGCAAUGGUGGAUAUGCUAACAACACUAACUCGAACACAGCAGUGACGUCGGCAACGUCGAGCGUGGCAGAGGGGCUAAAGCUCCACAUUCAUGAGACUUCAAUGGACGAGAGGAGGGGGGGAGAGAGGGGGAGGCCAGAGGAAGGAGAAAGAGGUGGAGAGGGGGAUGAUGAGGAUGAGGGGUUAGGGGAGGGAUUGGGGGGACUCGAGGAGGAGCUUGCGGGGUUCACAUUGUUUAAGUUACCAGCACCGUUAGCUCAGUGUGAAGAAAGUUCCAUCUGAUACACAUCUCACUGGACACAGAACAGAUAUGAGACAUGGGACAGAUGUUAACAUGUGAAAAACAUGAAAAUAUAUAUGGGAGACAUAUGAAAGACACAUGAACAUAAAAGCAUGUCAGAGAUGUGAAAGAGGGACAGUAUGGACAUGGGACUGAUAUGAAAUGGACAUGAGGAGGACGUUACAUCUGUUUCAAAGGAAUAUAUGAGCAUGCACAUGAUUGAGAAGUGACAGAGACAAGGGAGCAGUACGCGUGACAGAUGUUGAGACGUUUUUCCAGGAACCUUUCAAAAAGCAGUGCAUUGCAUCUCCAUCUUAGUCAUCCUAUCUCCAUCUUUGUCUUCUCUUGCUAUCUCUCUUCUCACAGCUACACUAUAUUCUUUCCCAGACAGCAGUCAAAAGUCAUGAUUGCAAACAGGACUUGGAAAGGAUUGACAUUUUGGAAUGGAACUUGGAACUUUCCCAUUUGGGAAAACAGAUAAUAUCUUACUUGGCUAGACUCCAUUUUGUUUUUUUGAGUGUGACAUAGCCAGGUGUUACAAUCAAAAUAUCUUGUAUGUAUUAAAUAAUAAUAAAGCAUUUUAAUAUAAUGUAA